AUGCUUCCCGACUACGACCACGGGAUCCGGGACAUUCGAUUCAUCGAUGAAUACACGGGCAUGGCUUGCCUCUUGUUUCUCGCUGUCGCCCUCUACGACUGUUAUAUGAAUUCCCUCAACUUUGACCGAUAUCUUGAAUGGCUGGGCAUGGAAGUCAGGAAAUUGAAUCCACACACAAAUCCCAGCAUUACCUCGAUCCUCUGGCUCUUCCUGAACAACGGCGGGUAUCCCAGGGAUCAUCCUGGGGACACGGGGGACCGGUGCUGGAUCGUGUCCCGCAUGGUACGGAUUGCCAAACGUCUGGAAUGGAAACGCCAGGGUACCCUCUGGGACCGCAUCCGCCAUGUUCUGAUCGACUUCGUCACGACGCAACAAGAAUGCGGCCUCGGUUCGGACAGCGUUGACGAAGCAGCCCUCCUCGCUCGACAGCAUAGAGUCAAUCGAGUUCCGGAGUAUUUCUGGAACGAGGACCAGAUGCGUGGAGACAUACUUGAUCUCGAGAUCCCUACAGCUACGACAUACUCUGAAAUGAAUGCAUCAGUUCUUACGUAA